AGGAGGUGCGCUUUGGGAGCCGGCGACCCAGGCAUCUGGGGAGCCACCGAAGUCGUAUUCCCUUCAACUCUGCUUGGCUCCCUCUGUGGACAUGACCCCUUAGCUGGCAUUUUUCAUCCCAGCUGUUUUGUGAUGGAGGCGUCUUUGGGGAUUCAGGUGGACGAACCUAUGGCUUUUUCUCCCCUGUGUGACCGGUUCCAGGUGGAUGGCUCUUUAAAAAACUACGAGCAGAAUUUUAAACUAUCAGGUGUUAAAAAAGAUAUUGAGAAGCUUUAUGAAGCUGUACCACAGCUCCGUAAUGUGUUUAAGAUAAAGGACAAAAUUGGAGAAGGCACUUUCAGCUCUGUUUAUUUGGCCACAGCACAGUUACAAGUAGGACCUGAAGAGAAAAUUGCUCUAAAACACUUAAUUCCAACAAGUCAUCCUAUAAGAAUUGCAGCUGAACUCCAGUGCCUAACAGUGGCUGGGGGGCAAGACAAUGUCAUGGGAGUUAAAUACUGCUUUAGGAAAAAUGAUCAUGUGGUUAUUGCUAUGCCAUAUCUGGAGCAUGAGUCCUUUUUGGAUAUCUUGAAUUCCCUUUCCUUUCAAGAAGUACGGGAAUAUAUGUUUAAUCUGUUCAAAGCUUUGAAACGCAUUCAUCAGUUUGGUAUUGUUCACCGUGAUGUUAAGCCCAGCAAUUUUUUAUAUAAUAGGCGCCUGAAAAAGUAUGCCUUGGUAGACUUUGGUUUGGCCCAAGGAACCCAUGAUACGAAAAUAGAACUUCUCAAAUUUGUCCAGUCUGAAGCUCAGCAGGAAAGUCGUUCAGAAAAUAAAGUCCAUGUAAUCACCGGAAACAAGAUUUCAUUAAGUGGCUCCGCAGCACCUAGGGAGCUGGAUCAGCAGCCUACCACAAAAACUUCUGUUAAAAGGCCCUAUACACAUGCGCAGAUUCAGAUUAAACAAGGAAAAGAUGGAAAGGAUGGCUCUGUAGGCCUUUCUGUCCAGCGCUCUGUUUUUGGAGAAAGAAAUUUCAAUAUACACAGCUCCAUUUCACAUGAGAGCCCUACAGUGAAACUUAUGAAGCAGUCAAAGGCUGCGGAUGUAAUCUACAGAAAGUUAGCAACCAGAAAGAAGGCUGUUUCUGCCAAAGUCAUGAAUAGUGGUGUGAUGAAGAAAACUGCCAGUUCUUGCCCAGUUAGCCUGACCUGUGACUGUUAUGCAACAGAUAAAGUUUGCAGUAUUUGCCUUUCAAGGCGGCAACAGGUUGCCCCUAGGGCAGGUACACCAGGAUUCAGAGCGCCAGAGGUCUUAACAAAGUGCCCCAAUCAAACUACAGCUAUUGACAUGUGGUCUGCAGGUGUCAUAUUUAUUUCUUUGCUCAGUGGACGAUAUCCAUUUUAUAAAGCAAGUGAUGAUUUAACUGCUUUGGCUCAAAUUAUGACAAUUCGUGGAUCCAGAGAAACUAUCCAGGCUGCUAAAACUUUUGGCAAAUCAAUAUUGUGUAGCAAAGAAGUCCCAGCACAAGACUUGAGAAAACUCUGUGAGAAGCUCAGAGGCAUAGAGGCAAACACUCCCAAAGUAACAAGUGAUAUACAAGGGCCUGCUUCUCGUGACCCAACUUUUUCAGAGAAGACUGACCAUAAAGCUGCUCGCCUCAUACAAACACCUCACGCACAGCUCUCAGGGAACUUGUCUAAAGGGAACAGAAAUGGCUGUUGGGGUUUGGAUGCGCACACUACCAAUCUACAAGGCUGGGACACGGUACCUGAUGAAGCUUAUGACCUGCUUGAUAGACUUCUGGAUCUAAAUCCAGCUUCAAGGAUAACAGCAGAAGAAGCUUUGUUGCAUCCUUUUUUUAAAGAUAUGAAUUUAUGAUUACUUAGUUCUUCAUUUAUUAUUUGCUGUUGUGGAUUGUGAGGUGGGGAGAAAGAGUUCUUUUUAGAGCCGUAAGUUCUUGAUUAGAGACCAGGCCAGGUUGAAUAAUUUAUUUUAAAAUUUUAGUAUUUCCUCUCUUGGAAGAUUCUAAAAUAAGGAUUAAGAUUCUUUAAGGUGCCUGGGAUAGUUUUUUGGAUGAACAGCAUUAUCUUUGAGUUGGAUCUACCCCAGGAGAAUCAGUUUUUUAGUUUCCCUAAUUACUUGUCAUUGACAUAUGCUGAAGGAGCAUAGUACUUGGCAGUUCAAGGUGCAAGUCUGAAAAUUAGUGGAUAUGUUAGGGAUUAAAUGGGCUUCUUCAUACUGUGAGCUAUGUGUACUUUUGGAAAACUCAGCCUGGUACUGGUGCUCUCGCCAUUCUGUAGGUUAAGACAGUUUCCUCCUUGAGGCAUAUAUUAUGCCUUUUAUGAACACUAAAACAAAUAAUGAGAAAAUGUUUAGGGGAGAUACUACUUAAAAUUGAAUUUAUUAAAAAAGUAUUCUGUGGAA